AUGAAGCUCUCCUUCACCCUCCCCUUCCUCAUCACGCCCGCCCUCUGCGCGGGCGGCAACCGCGGCGACACCCAGAUCCCCGACUCGGUCCCCGCCUCGGCCGUCCUCGCCACCAUCACCGCGCUGCCCUCCUCCGUCUCGGGCAAGCAGUACACCUCGCUCGCGUCCGCCCUCUACUCGGUCGAGAAGAGCUUCUACAACGACAAGCAGUACACCGCCGUCGCCGGCCACAUGUGGUCCGCGGCCGCCAGGGCGUCGGAUUCCGAAAAGGUCGUCCCGUCGCUCGCGCUGUCGACCUGGUCCUGGGACGACAUCACCUCGGCGGCGUGGUACGACAAGAACAUGCCCAAGGACGACAAAAAGUACGUCUCGUCGUACAUGAGCUCGUGGAGCGAGCAGUACGAAAAGUUUGUCAGCGGCGGCAGCAAGGGCAAGGGCGGCGACGACAAAAAGGGCAACGCCGUCGGGGGGAACGCGGCGCAGCACUUGGCUGUUGUUUGGACGGCGGCCGCGCUGGCGGGCGUUGCUGGCUUUGUCGCCGUCUUGUAA